AUGGCCUUUGCCGACACGAGAAAUUGGAAGCACAAUUCGGAACCGAGGUAUCCGCGGGUAGUCCUGGCCAAAGCUUCCCGCAGAUUAAGCAUGAAUGCUGCUCUCAAGACUCAUGAGUGGUCCAGCAAGUGGAAAAAUGGGACCGUAGUCUCAUUGAAGUAUCACCGGUGGGAUAGCGACAGGCCAGCCGGCACCGAUAUCACCAGCGCGGAAGCUCUUCGCGUGGACCACUCACAUUAUCCCCAACAGGGAUCACAGCAUCCAUGCACCCAGACCCAUAUCUCUGAAGAUUGGGCUUCAGUGCACACCAUUGCAUGA